AAUUGUGAAACGCUAAGAAUGUUUAUCUUUUCUAUGUUAACGAUUAAAACGAAUUCGAAGCAUAGGAAAGAUUAAGGGGAGCGGGCAAAUAGGCAUAUAAAUCUGUUGUAACGUACUCGAGUAUUUUAUCUAUCGCAAACAGAUGUGUGUAACGAGCAAUUUAAUUGUAUUGUCCUCCGCGCUUAUAUAGCAAGAGAUGGAAGAAAUCUUCAGUCAUACAUUAGCUAACAGAAAACAAGUUAUUCGAUUUGUCUGUUUCGUAUCAGUGAUUGGAAAUAAUAACUGUAUAUUCAAUAGAAAAUUUAAUAGUCUGUGAUAUAUGUAUAAGUACUAAAAAUAAAUACAUAUUUAUAUUUCAAAUUGUGUAUUCUUAAUUCGACAUGGACGAAUGGAGAAAAUAUUGAAUUACUGCUGACGACAAAGCACGUUAUAUACAUUCAGUGUAACCUCUUUUAUGGUUUAAUUCAUUAAAGAACAAAGAAACAAAAUUUGGUACUGUUAUAAAUUACAAUAAGGUUUAGUGAAAAAUGAAGUUUGCUGAACAUUUGUCUGCUCAUAUUACGCCAGAGUGGCGUAAACAAUAUAUUAGUUAUGAGGAGAUGAAAGCGAUGCUUUAUACUGCUGUAGAAGAAGCACCAUCUUCUGAGAGUGUCGAGCCUGAAGUAAUAUCUCGACAUUUUGCCUCUUUUGAUGAAGUAUUUUUCACAUUUUGCGAUCGUGAACUGAAGAAGAUCAACACUUUCUAUUCAGAGAAGUUGGCAGAAGCAACGCGUAAAUAUGCUGCUCUUCAUAGUGAGUUGAAAACAGCAUUAGAACUGCAACAAGGCGGAGGGAAAAAUAAAGGGAAAGUAAAUGUUAAGCCACCUUUACCAACAAGAAAGCUUAGGGAAUUAAAACUUGCUUUCUCAGAAUUUUAUUUGUCCUUAAUACUUCUUCAAAACUAUCAGAAUCUUAAUUACACUGGAUUCCGGAAAAUUCUCAAAAAGCACGAUAAGUUACUAUCAGUAGAUAGUGGAUCAAAAUGGAGGGUAGAAUGUGUGGAAAUUGCACACUUUUAUACAUCAAAGGAUAUAGACAAAUUAAUUCAAGAAACAGAAGCUACAGUUACAAACGAUUUAGAAGGUGGAGAUAGGCAACGUGCUAUGAAAAGACUGCGUGUACCACCUCUAGGCGAACAUCAGAGUCCUUGGACCACUUUUAAAGUUGGAUUGUUUUCUGGUAGUUUCAUUGUCUUAUUUGUAGCAGUUGUACUCUCAGCAAUAUUUCAUGAUGGUGGGGAAAAUUUAAAAAUUGCAUUUAGAUUGUAUCGUGGACCUUUACUCAUCAUACAGUUUUUAUUUCUUAUUGGUGUGAAUGUUUAUGGUUGGCGAUCAUCUGGUGUAAAUCAUGUAUUAAUAUUUGAAUUGGAUCCACGAAAUCACUUAUCCGAACAACACCUCAUGGAAUUAGCUGCUGUAUUAGGAGUUAUAUGGACUCUCAGUUUAUUAAGUUUCCUGUACAGUGCAAGCUUAAGCAUUCCACCAUAUGUAAAUCCAUUAGCAUUAGUCUGUAUUAUGUUAGCAUUUCUUCUAAAUCCUUUAAAAAUGUUUCGCCAUGAAGCAAGAUUUUGGUUGUUAAAAAUUAUGGGCCGAGUUUUCAUAUCACCAUUUGCAUAUGUAAACUUUGCUGACUUUUGGUUGGCAGACCAAUUGAAUAGUAUGGCCACUGCAUUAUUGGAUUUCCAUUUUCUAACGUGUUUUUAUAUCACUAAUGGAAAUUGGUUAGAAGCUGGUGAUUCAACCCAAUGCAUGUCUGGUUCUUUAAUAGUUAGACCUAUAGUGAAUUGUUUACCUGCGUGGUUCCGUUUCGCACAAUGCGUUCGACGAUAUCGUGAUUCUAAAGAAGCGUUUCCUCAUUUGGCGAAUGCUGGAAAAUAUUCGACGACAUUCCUGGUAGUGUUAUCCAAUACUAUGUGUGUUUAUCACGCUGUGGAGUAUGGGACUCGUUGGGAAAAUCCAUGGUUGUGGCUAUGGGUGAUAAGUUGUUGCGUCAAUUCCAUAUAUUCCUUAACAUGGGACUUAAAGAUGGACUGGGGCCUAUUAGAUAGCAAUGCUGGUGAAAAUAAAUUUUUACGCGAAGAAGUUGUAUAUUCAGCAGCGGGAUUCUAUUAUUUUGCUAUAAUUGAAGAUUUCAUUCUAAGAUUUGCAUGGAUCGCUAGUUUCGUUCUUGUCGAGUGCAAAUACGUUUCUAGUGAUUUAAUGACAUCCGUAGUCGCGCCUCUUGAAGUUUUUAGGAGAUUUGUCUGGAAUUUCUUCCGAUUAGAAAACGAGCAUCUCAACAAUUGUGGUAAAUUUCGUGCGGUUCGGGAUAUAUCGAUAGCUCCAAUAGAGAGUUCCGAUCAAACACAAAUUUUACGAAUGAUGGAUGAUGAAAAUGGUGUACUUAACAGAGGAAAACGUAAAAUAGGAGGUAAACGACAAGCAAUUGUCAAAGAAGAUAAGCGUUUAAAGGAAGAAACAAUCGAUAUAGACAUAUCGAAUGUUAGUUAAAAGUAUGUUCUACAUUUUUUAUCAAGUUUAAUUUGCGCCGGGUUUUUUACGUUGCAGUCUAUUUUUUUUAUAAAAAUUCAUUUUUGGCAGAACCUUAUUGUUAAACCUUAUAAACGAUGAAUAUCUUGCUUUCAUGUUUAUCAAAAUUGAGAACUAUAUGAAAUUGAAACUGUUGCAAGUGCCUUCUAUAUUGUUCUUAUAAGAACUCUCUGCUAAUUUGUGAAUUUAAUACGUUCACUGUCCGACCCUUAAUCUCAAACUUACAGAAGUAAGUGACACUUUUGAGAGCUAUAAUAAAUAACCUUUUUGAAGUACUACACAAUAUUAUUUUACUAAUUUUAAGAUAGCUUCCAGGUUCAUUAUAUAUGUAACAAUUGUUAUUCUCAAGCAUAUGCGAUUUAGAAAUUUUCCUUUAAAAUUAUUAUAAUUCGUGCAUAGAUCAUAGGACCGUGAACGUGUUAAUAAUUUAGUAUUGUAAUUAGAAUGCAGAUAUCUACUCAUAAAUAUUGAUUUUUAUAAAUUAAUUUACAAAUAUGGAAAUGAAGAUUGGUUUGUUUUAUUAUUAUACUUUACUAACCUUUAUUAAAUAUUUUAUUAUACUACAUUUUCAAGAAUGAUUAAAACCAUGGACACAUAAUAUCUGCAGUCUAAUUAUAAUAUUUAAACUAUAGUCUUCCAAAAAUAUACUUAGGCAUUCAGUACAUUACUUUCUUUUAUUAGUAACAUAACAACAUAAAUGCAACAAUGAAUUUCUGUGGAACUAUGUCGUUAUUUAUUAGAUUAAUGUUAACGUUAAAUGCCCAGAGAGAAGCAAUUUAGUUGACUAGCACAUGUGCCAUUUGCCAAUAAUACGCAAAUUUCAGAUUUUAUACACUACAACAUAUAAUUUAAUACAGUAAAAAGCAAACUUCUUAACACUGUAACAAAAUAUAGUUUUGUGAGGUUUUUAUUUUAUUUAAAGCCUAGAAAACUCAGCAACAAAAUGAAAAAUUUUCUGUUUGAUUCCAGUCUUUUUAUAGCGAUUGAUUAAACAGUACAUUUGCAUAGAUAUCCAUACUUUAAUAAUGUAUAGAUUUGAUAAAAUUAUAGUUUUCAAGUUUGAAGAACUGAACAAACAGUGAAAGAAAUGUAUGAAACGUGAUAAAAAAAGUAGAAUAGUACAUUCUAGUUGUACAUACAUUCAACUUUUAGUUAUAUGUAGAGAUCGAAAUGUCAAUAUAAAUUAUAUACAUACUCUACUGCUGAUGUAAUUAGCAAUGGCAAACCUUAGAAUGUAUAAUUUGAAAGAAGAACUCGCUCAUUAUUUCACAGUAUUUACUAAUGGUACUUUAGAAGAGUAAUUAAUUAAUACUAUCUAAAAAGAACAUUAACACAAUUUAUGCAGUGGCGCUGUUGCGUUUGAAAUGUGCCUUUAGGAUAGUGGAAUUAAUUUUAUCUGAAACUAUUAGAUUACAAAAUGUUUGCAAUAUCAUUUAGUUAUUCUACAACACACGAGUUUUCGUCUUGGUUAGGUAUUGUAAAUGUAUUGUAAUGUAUUUGUAUUAUCUAGGCAUGUUACUCAAUACAGGUGCUGUUAAAGUAAUUUGUAUACAAUUCAUGAAUCGUAUAUUAGUGAUAGUAACUAUUUAAGUAAUGUAUGUACAGCUGAACAGAGCCCCUAAGAGAAACUAUGCACUAAGUACUUAAUAUUAUCUAUAUGAUAACAUUUUGGAAAAAUAUUUUUACGCCUAGGAAAAAAAAUUGUAAGUUGGCCAUAUAGUGAAUGUAAAGAUAUCUUAGCAGAUUUAAGAAUUCCUUACCUACACGAAUAACGGCUAUGGUGGUAGUAUAUACAAUUGUGGUUUGUACUCAAUACUGAAGAAAAAGAUAGAUAAUUUUUAAUAAAACUUUUGUGCACGCUUUACAUAAAAUGAAAACUGCUUCAAAGAUUAGCUUUGCAGUGUUUAAAAAAAAAGAAAAUUUAAGCAGUGAUUACUUAAUUUUAAUACUAAUGUAUUAGAAAUUGAAUUCCAAUUAUUGUGAUGGUUUUACAUGUAUUUUUAUAUAUAUUUUGUUAUCAAACUGGGGGUGGCUUUGAUAGCGAAUAAGAGUUAUUACUAAUCGUAAAUGACAGAUAUUUUUACAUAUUAUUGUAUAUAAUUAUGUAAUAUAUAACAUGUACAUUCAGGUAUAAUAGUAUAUUUCAUUAAUAAAAUAUUAAGCAGAGAAAGAUAGAUGUUACACCCUGCGUACUAUUAUCUGUAGUUAUUGUAAUACAAUUUGUAACAGCAUUUAUCAUAAAAAUUUAUUUAUUUAUAACAGUAAACGAUAUACAUGUACACGAUAUAGUCUGCGUGGAGCCAUGAAUAAUUUCUCUACGAGGUCGGGUAUUAUAAAAUGUUACACUGUACACUGUAAUGAGUAUGAUAAAUUGACAUUACACGUAACACUUUAAAGCUAAAUAAUAGAAGAAAGCAAUAAUUACAAACGACUUAAAAGAUUUUCCAUUUUAACAUUAACGUUACAUUCUUUGUUCCAUUUAAUAAUACAAAAGACUGUGAGAGUAAUGUCAAUAAUGUUCAAGAAAUGAAUCGAGAAAAAAUGUUUAAUAUUUGGAGAUAAUGUAAAUAAGUCAACAUUAAACAGUUUUUACUCACAUCAUUUUUAUCUCCGAAGAUGCACAUAGUUUAAAUGCCUGUUUUAAACAGUAUGGAAUAUUUCCAUAGUAUUUUAUUAGAAUUUUAUUUUAUACAUGAACCACAUAAUCAUACAUGUGUAUUGUGAAAAUACUUGAACAGCUUUGGCAGUACAUUCAGUAACAAGUUGACUUUAAAAUUCUUAGGCAAUGAGUUACAAUAUUCAGUUUUUCAUUAAGUUUAUAAAAGGGUUUUUGGAACUCUUGCAGAUUACUUGAUUUAUAUUUUAUCUUACAUUACAUUAUUAGAGAAUCAUUACGCCUACAGUUGUCCUUUGGAAUUAUUAUGUAAUAAAUAUACAUAAAUAUGUAUUAUAUUAAUCCUUUAAAGCCUGAAUCUUAUUUUCACGGGUACAUGUUGGCGAAGUUUCAACAAACAAUAUACAUUUAUUCAAUAACAAUCGGUACUGCGUACCAUAGAAAAUAAAUAAAUUCACUAAUUUGUAAAAUAUUAAUUUGUCAUUAUACACAUUGUACAUAGCCAUUUUUCUAUAAUUAAAGACGAGACAAAGUGUAUCGUUCUUUGUCUAGGCCACUAUUUUUUAAUUAUUCACAUAGUCAAAGGUUGACAGCGAACUAACUAAAAUCUGUAACAGUAAUUAAUUAAUGUACAUUUAUAACGAAUAAGUAAAUAUAAUCUUGAUUAUAUCCAGGAUCUGAAAAAAUCAAGCGUUGAGCAAAAUCUUUCAGUAUAGUAAAAACCAAAACAAGACAAAUGUGAAACGUUCAACGAUAGAUGGUUAAAAACUCUUCCCUGCAAUUCUAAAAACGUGUACGAGAAAACAGAUUAAGUAGUGGGGUGUAGCAUGAUACACCUUCCGAGGAGUAUUACGUGGUGUCCUCAACAGGUUUUCGAGGUGCCAAUAUCACUGCCAUGACUGCUUGAAGCUUUUGACUUUCUUUCAGGAUCCAUGGCAAUUGAGAUGAACUCUUCUGAAAUUUUCUUGUCCAGUCCAGUGUAUGUUUGCGCUAGAUCUACUUGAUCUUCUCCUAUUGAAGACAUCCUUUUCUGGGAGUCCGUUUUACCUUCGACUUGCCUUUUCCUCUCUGUUGUACUCUCAUGUUCCAUACCUGUGUGGCGUUUUUGUUUCA